AAGUGGAAUAUCAGGUUAGUAUAACCAAUACAACUAUCAUUAAUAAUUUCAUUCAUCAAUAUCUUACAAAGUUUACAUUAAACUCAACCUAUAUAAAGAGAUCAUUCACUAAGAAUGUGUGGUUAAAAUAUUGUUAUCGCUUCAAUCAACAAUCACCAGAUUCUGAUUGAUUCGAUUUUCAUCAUCUUACGCAAGUGUGAAGUACUGAGAUAUGCAGAAGCAAUCCGAGAAAACACUAUCUAAAGUUGAAGUUCCACUGAUCACUACUAAUCAACCAAAAGCACGAGAAGAGUUUAGAGAUAGAUCAACAACCUUAAAAUGUCCAUCAUGUGGGAAAGAUAUAUCUACACAAUUAGAAUAUCAUAAUGGUUUAUUAACUUAUGCAGCUUGUAUCGGUAUAUUCCUUUUUGGAGGGGCUUGUGGUUGUUGUUUAAUACCAUUCUGUGUGAAAGCGUGUAAAGAUGUGGAUCAUAAAUGCCCAAGUUGUCACAGAUACAUUGGAUCUUAUCGUAGACUAGGAGAUUGAGCAUUUAAUAUUAGAAGAUGAAUCAAGCUAAUUAAUAAUAAUGAAUUCAUACUCGACAUAUCAAUAUCAAACUCUCAUAUAAUUACAGUUUUAAAUCAUUUUAUUCUACUAUGUAAGCUUGUUUAUUCAAUAAUAAUACAAAUGUUUGAUAUGAA